AUGGAAGAUAGUCAAGAGAAGUGCUUUGAAUACUUUGGCACUCACAUUAAGGACUAUAUCAAAGGAAACAAGUUGUUUCAAGUCUUUGAUAUCGACGGAAUUGAAUUAAUCUUUAAACAUGCAAAGUUUAACGUCAAUGAUUACAUCUCUCUUCUGGAACAAUCAUAUUCUACGAAUCAUUCAGGCAAACUUUCAGCCGUCGCCCUGAAGGCAAGCGUUUCAAUGAAUAAUUUUGAAGAAGUCAUUUCAACAUUAAAAUCUAUUCGUCAAUGUCUCAAUCUCAGAUUUUUUGAUGGCUUAAUUAAUUUUUUAUAUCAAACUGAAAAUGAAUUAAUUGAAAAAACGAAACAAAUAGCAGAUUAUAAAAAAUCUGUAAAUAAUCUUAUUCAAAAUUUAAGAAAUGACACAAACUGUAAUCUUGUCAAGAAAAAUUCUGACGAAUUCGAUUAUUCAAUGGAUUUUUUGCUCAAAAUUAUUGAACUAAGAGCUUUAAGAAAUUAUGAACAAACCUACAAAUUCCUGUCUGAACUUUCAGAAGAAGGAGAUAAAACAAAGUUUUCCAAAGCAUGUGAAGCCGGAUUAUGUCAAAUAGAAAGAAUAAAUAAAUCAUCAAAAAAUUAUAUCCUCGAGGAUGCAUCGGAAAAAGGAAAUCUCAAACUCGUAAAAUUACUUCUUGAUUGCGAAAAUAUUAAAAAUACAAACCACAAUAGUAUGAAUGAAUCAUUGAUUAUUGCAUCAAAAAUGGGACACAGAGAGAUAGUAAAAACUCUUAUUUCCUUUGGUGCUGAUAAAGAAACAUGCGAUAGUGAAGGAAAGACUCCAUUUAUUUAUGCUUCCUAA